AUGACCUCCUCCUCCUCACAUCGUCGUCCGCUGACGCGCUUCGACCUUAUCAUCACCUCCGAGGACGAGGAGAACCGCAGCGGGAGCGAGGAAGGUUGCGAACGGAGCUUCUGCGGCUCCAGGCGGGUCAGACUCGCCCGCGGACCUCUGGGGGACCCCGCGGUGCUGAAGCAGAGGAGCGCGGCCAACGCGCGGGAGAGAGGCCGGACACAGAGCGUCAACUCCGCCUUCACCGCCCUCAGGACCCUCAUCCCCACCGAACCCGAGGACCGCAAACUGUCCAAGAUAGAGACUCUCCGUCUGGCGUCCAGCUACAUCUCUCAUCUCGCCAACAUGCUUCAUCUCGGGGAUAGGAGCGACGAACAGCCGUGUUUGAGCAGACCCAGAGCGUCCAAGCUACCCAGGAGCAUCUGCACCUUCUGCCUGAGCAGCCAGAGACGACAGGACAACUUGAGGACUCAGAGACUGGACUCACAACCUCCAAGAACCUAAGCAGAGACUGAAUAUAAGGACACAUACUUAAAGUAUAAGGAC